GUUAUCUUACGGUUAAAAUUAUCCAGGAGAUAAACUACUAGAUUCAUGUAUACGUGAUUGGUUAAACUUGAGAUUUAUCCUCCGGAUAACUUUAUCGGGGAGUGAAGAAAUCGGGCAUUAGGCAAAUUUUAGGGUUGCGUUCCGUUUCACGCAUGAUGCGCAUAACGUAUUGUUCAUCUUUGUUUAAAGUCAGACAAACAACAAAGAUAAACGAUGCAUUAUGCGCAUUAUGCGUGAAACGGAACGCAGCUUAGGUAUCUUUGUUAGAUACCUCUAUAAAAAUGUAAUACUAGGCAGUAUUCAUCAUAAAUUGCCCAAUAAUUAUUACUUAUUUAAAGUACUAAGAACAGUGCUUUUAAUACUUGCAUUGAAAUGACUAUUAUAAUUACUCGCCGAUUUAAUACUAUCCAAUAUUACAUUUUUAUAAAGACUGUCACGGAUAUUAUACUGAUUGCGACAUGACGCGGCACUGGGCCCUUUAGCGAAGAAAAAGAAUGAGGCAAAGAAAAGGAUACGCACGCGAGUACUGUGGUACUGGGUAGUGCUGUUGUGCUAUGGAUGGAUGGAGAUUGCAGUGAUGCGGGAUGCCCACGCUAAUCGUACGGUCCUGGUUUUCUGGAAAUCGUCAGCGGUCCGGGGCCAUUAAACGCGUUAUAUGUGUCUUGCAAUUUGAUCCCGCAGCGCUCGGUGCGGUGCCCCGAUCGGAGAGUAAUUUACGCGAAUUCCUGAACAUUCGAGUCUCCGUGCGGAUAGAUCUCUUGAGUUUCUUUUCACGCUCGAUGCCACCGUCUCUCCGUUUCCGUUGUCGCGCAGCAUUCGACACUUGUCGUGCCGAACGUCGACGAUCACCAGCAGUCACCAGGAAGACGGGGUGUGUGCACACCGCGUUGUCUUGUCGAUUCUUCGAGUAAAUAAAUGCAAGUUUCUGAGUAAUGCAGGGCAUAAUGCCGGUUAAGACAAAAUCACAUAUUCCUGAAAAUAUGGGCGUCACAGGUGGAUUGGUGGAUGCCCGGGCUAAGCAAGUUCUAAAAGAGGCAGUGGAUGCAGUCGUUAAUAGCUUUGCAAAACAUAGUCAAGGUUAUGGUCGAGUGAAUGUUGUGGAAGCAUUGCAAGAAUUUUGGCAGAUGAAACAGGCUAGAGGAACGGAAUUGAGAAAUGGUGCAUUAGUUAUUUAUGAAUCUGUUCCUGGUGCUAAUCCACCUUAUGUUUGCUAUGUAACGCUUCCUGGAGGUUCUUGUUUUGGAAGUUUCCAAAAUUGCCCCACAAAGGCAGAAGCACGCAGAUCGGCAGCAAAAAUCGCAUUAAUGAAUUCUGUAUUUAAUGAACAUCCGUCGCGAAAAAUUACUGACGAUUUUAUUGAAAAAGCUAUCGCAGAGGCACGGGCUAGUUUUUCCAAACCUUCAGCAACAUCAAAUGGAGUUGGUAGCCAAACACAAGGAAAUGGUGAUGAGAAAGAAGAUCCAAACACAGGUAUAGGUGCUUUUCGUUUUAUGUUGGAAUGCAAUCGUGGAAGAACAAUGUUGGAAUUCCAAGAGCUGAUGACGGUCUUUCAAUUGCUUCAUUGGAACGGUUCUUUAAAGGCUAUGAGAGAGAGACAGUGCAGCAGACAGGAAGUAGUCGCGCAUUAUAGUCAUCGAGCGUUAGAUGAUGAUAUGCGUAGCCAAAUGGCAUUAGAUUGGGUUGCUAGAGAACACGAAAGGAGCGGAAUUGUAGCAAAGGAAUUGGGGUUAGCUGAGCGUGAACUGGAAGCUGCGCGAUUAGCAGGGCGAGAACUUAGAUUUCCAAAAGAAAAGAAAGAUAUACUAAUGCUAGCACAUGCGCAGGUCUGUCCGCAAUAAAUUUUAACGUGAAUAUCAUCGAGCUCAGUAUCACAAUUUAGUUUAACUUAAGUUUAAUUAAUCAUGUCUAUAAAACAAAUUCAUCUAUUGGACAUGGUUAGUUAAACUCUGCUUAAAUUAAGUUAUGGAACUGGACCUGAGAUAAACAACGUACAAGACUGGUUUUUCGCGAGAAACAGGAAGUUUCGAAAAAAAAUAUAUUGUUUUAUGAAGUUCGUUUUACUUCAUUCUUUAGGGCCUAACUCUGUGACAUGAAAACUAUUCCGUCCUUUUUAUAAAGCGUAUUUCUUUAUAGAACUUUUUUAUGAAGCAUUCCUGGUGAUAAUAGAUCUUAAAUGGAAUAUUUUGAUAUGUAGGAAUACCAACAAGGAAAAAUUCGGGUAAACAUGUCGUAAAAUGUAUUAUAAUAUGUAACAUUUACGUAUCGUUUAUUUUACCAACGGA